AUGGGUCUCAUGCUAGGUGAUUUUAUGGAUGAGUACACUGUCCGAGUCAUCGAUGUUUUUGCGAUGCCGCAGAGUGGCACUGGUGUCAGCGUGGAGGUUGUGGAUCCAGUUUUCCAGACCAAGAUGAUGGACAUGCUCAAACAAACAGGAAGCCGUUGGUCCAAAGCCUUGCUUAAUUUUUGCCAUGUCAUUGGGCAUUUUCACUCGACAGGAGAGACAGCAGGUGUAGUCACCAUCAACACUUUGCAUGCGACAUGCAUUGCUGCUCCUUCCUCUCCGAGAUGGAGGUUGAUCGUGGUGUUCUUUCGGUAUGUGCAAGUUGGAAGAGCUCUCGCUGUGAUGCAGGCUGGCGAAUGGACUCUCGGGAAGGUUGUGUCCAUUCCCAUUGGUGCUGCUAGAAGUUUCCAAAGUGAGUAA